AUGGGCGCCUCUGUACUCGAGUCGGCAUCCUCAAACAUCCUGCGCAGGAGCGGCUUCUUCCCUUCGCCAGAGAGCGCAGGGCACGAAGAAGGGACCCCCACCCCCCCUUCAGCUCCGAGUCCCCCCGCUUCCUACAGCUCUCCACCUCCUGGGCCAUCCUAUGCCUCCUUUCCCCCUUCUGCUGGGAGUCCUUCGUCGAUCCCAAGGCCCCGCCAAUGGUAUGACCGGUAUCGGUAUUGGUCCAACUACCAGGAGCGGGUCAGGGAGAAUGGCACGUCCUCCCGCCCGUCGGGGUACCAGUCCUUCGCUCGGUAUCCUUCGAAAGUACCCGUUCGAGCUCCUGAGAACAUCCUCUCUCGACCGUAUCCAACCAAAGCGGUUCCUGCGCGUUCAGAUCCUUUGAGUGAGGCCAUUCCUACGGUUCGGAAUCCUAGCCUAGGCUCUCCAGCAUCCGUUGGGAGAUAUCCUGCCAAUAUCCCGACGGAGGGGAGUCCUCAUCCUGGCCGCGUGCCGCCGGGCAGUCCCCAGGGCGCGACAGGCAACGCCCGAGGGCCAAGUUAUCCCUUAGGAUGGAGCAUGUCUUCCUUAGUCAACAAAGUCUACCCGGCCUCCCCCUCUCCUCCUCCUCCUCCUCCUCCUCCUCGUUCUCAUCCCACCCACUCCUCUUCCUCCCCUCGUCUGCCUUUCCUUCCCACCCUCUCUACUCCUUCCACUCCUCCUCGUCCUUAUCAUCGCCCUCCUUACUCUCUCGCUCCUCCUCCUUCGCCCCAAACUCUCUCCCGAAGGAUGUUCCUCUCUGCCGAAGACUCACAGACUUCAGGCAGGGACGUCGCAGUGCAGCGGAAACUUGAAGGCCCCUCACUCUUGGAAAUUGUCAAGAGUGGCAUCGCUGCCGCCGCCGCCGCCUUCCUCGUCAACGCCAGCACCGCCUACUUGACCUCCGGGGAAUCUUGGCACUCCUCGGGCACAGGCAGGGGUGCCGGAAGGGGGGUCAGGGAAGCCGAGACAUCACUGGUCACCGAGGAUAUGGUUAGUAGGUUCCUGCCGCGGGAGUGGGAGGACCAGGUGAUUCAGGUGUCCGAGGGCGCGCUCUUAGGGUCGGAUUGUCGGCAAUGGGCGUGCGGGCGUGAUGACGUGUUGACGAGAUGA